AAUAAUCGACCCGAUCGUCAAAAAGCACGGAACUUGAAUAAUGGGCGUAUUAGUGGUAACCCCUCAAUUAGCAUCAAUAAUUCAACAGUUUCUGGAAAUGUCCAAGGAAUUGUUUCGAGAGAAAAACUACUAUAUGUAGAACAAAAUAUUGAGAAUGAAGAUGUUAAGAAAGGACUCCCGUUAUUUUUCGAAUCCUCUCAAUUAUUAUCUUUGCAAGAGAUGAUUUCGGAAACUAUUAAAAGCAGUGAAGGUUUGGAUAUCAAGUUACUUAAAUGGCAACAACAUACUCUUCAACAAUUGUCUAGUGGAAUUUGUCACCCGUCUAAGCAAAAUAUUCAUAAUAUACUUGAUGAAUCGUUAGCAAUUUGGUCAUGUGUUACAUCAAAGUUCAAAAAACUUUCAAUUCCAGAGGAAAUAAUUGAAUUUGUGAAAAAACAAAAGAAGAGUUUUCAACAAGAUAGCCUGGAAACAAUCGAAAGGUCCCUUAGACAAAAUUUCACAGUUUUAUCUGGAAACCUCUUAACGAGGGCAUUUUUUAAACUAUUAGAGGAAUGCAUCUUAUGGGAGUUCUCUACUAAUGUAGAUGAAUUAACGGAAGGAACAUUUAUGAUAGAUUUCAUUGCGCCAUUAUUUAAUAAAACAGUUCAUUAUUUUAAUUAUACUACAUCACAUUCAUGGAUAGAUGUAGAAUCAAAAGCCUCCAAAUUACGCCGAGGGUACGGCCGAUGCCCUGACUAUAAAUUAAAUAAUAAAGAUGGUAUACGAACAGGUGUACUUGCUGAGGUAAUGAGUCCCAAACGUAAAGGUAAUGAGCCAAAAAUAUAUUGGGAUAUCUAUCGAGAAGCAAUAAACGCAAAAGAUGAAAUAGACCAAGACAUAAAACAAAACGAAAUAUGUCCGGAUGAAGCAAAGCGAAUCAUCAUUUUCAUCGUCGGAUUUAAAAUGAGUGAACCCAGAGUCAAUAAUGAAAUUAUAUCAAAUUCUAAU